AUGGCUGGAAGACGCCUAAUUCAGGGAUUGACGUCUCCGUGGUCCGUCGGAUUCUCGGCGUUCGGCCUGGCUUACGGUGGAUAUCACAUUUGGGACUCGACCCAAUCGGGCACGAAAUACGAUCUGCACGAGGAUCUGGCCGGAAAGACGUACAUAGUGACGGGCGCGACGUCGGGCAUCGGACAAGCGACGGCUGAAGAGCUGGCGAAACGGAAUGCCCGCGUUAUUAUGGCAUGCAGGAAUCGUGAGAAGUGUGUACAACCUAAAAUCCCCCAUAUUUCCAGGUCUACUGCCGCCAAUGCGACCUCGAGGAUUUCGACAGUAUCCGAACGUUCGUCCAGAAGCUGUCCAAAGGGAAAUUCGAGUUGGAUCGAAUCGACGGAUGGCAUCGAAAAAACCAUUGCCACCAAUCAUUUGGGAUCGUUCCUGCUCACAGGCCUUCUCCUGGACAAACUGCUCGCCCAGAAGAAUCCCGUUCGAAUUGUGUUCCUCAAUUCGAACAUAAUCGACAGGAAAUGCGAUUUGAAGCUGGCCGAUUUCAAUUCCGACGCCUCGGACAAGAAAUUCGAUGGAUAUGAGGUUUAUAAGCACUCGAAACUCGCGUCGGCUCUAUUCUCGAAGGAGCUCGCUGAACGACUCAAAGAUUCGAAUAUUAAUGUGCUGGUGGCGGACCCGGGAAGGACCAAGUCCAAUUUAUCAGCUCAAAUGGAUGGGCAGACGUUUUUCCUGAGCAGAUGGCUGUUGAAAAUUGUGAGCUUUGGAAUGGGCGAACGACGAACGGAGAAGGCGGUGCGACCGGUGCUCUACGCGUUGUGUGAUCCAGAAACUGUCGAGGAGAACGGAUUAUUCAUUGAGUGA